AUGGAAUGCCAAGCCUUGUUCCCGCGUUCACUUCCGCUCAACCAAGUUCAUCCACCGAAAGUGAACAUCGCGAUAACUACAUCCUCUACAACCUCGCUUCGCCGCGCCUCAAUGGCUCCAAGAUUGCGCAGCGCGCUCGCAAAGAGCCUGUCGCGUCCACUGGAUAGCAGCGCUGUAUUUUUCUGCCCCUCGUGCGCGAUCUGGCGACGAACCUUGUCCACGCGCGCCAACACCAGUCGCAGCAUCGAGAAACCCGACACAUCUCGACGGGUCGCCAGAGCUCAAAACACUAUCACAGGCUCAGCUCCACGGGCAUUUACCACAUCCUCUGUUAUCACUGCGAAGAGCGUGCCGCCGCGGUUCAAGGAGCUGCAUGCCGCCCUCGAGGGAGUGAAGGAUGCUGCCUUGGAACAGGUGAAUCUGAGUCGGCUGCAAUUUGCAUUGCGGGGAUUGGAGUCUGAAACGCCUCUUAUUAGAGUAGCUGUUCUUGGAUUGAAUGAUGCGGUAUCUGCACGCAAACUUGUUCGACUACUACUUGCCGACCCAUUGUCACCGCGAGAAACCUGGGAAGACAUUCUCGACUCAUAUGAUGCCGAUUCAUCUCGCGGGCUGCUGAUUAGAACUGAUUGGAAGGAUUUAUCCUACAGAUAUGGCGAAAUCUCACAAUCUAUCCCCAAUGACUUGCUACCGACUAUAUCAGUGCCAUCACCUAUCCUGAGGAAAGGCAACUUAGAGAUCCUGGUCAGCACCCUAGGCUCUGAGCCGGACAACCACGCCCCUACGUUGCACGCCGACACCUUCCUCGUCCCCACAGUUACCAUUCAGACCUCUCACUCCGGUCGGCAUAAUGUUGUUCGGUAUCCCGUGCACCGCACGAUCGUAUGCGGACGUGGAGUGGAUGGCCUGCUGUCGUACAGCACAAUGAUAGGUCGGUCGGACCUGAAGAACGAGGCCUCUUCAGUGCGUGGGGCCAUUGAACUUCCAGUGGCAGACCAGAAAUCCACAAACGAGCGCGUGUCCCUAGUAGAUGUUGACCGUGCCAGCACAGCACUGGAUAAAUUCCGUGAAUCCGCCCACAAUGCCUCCGACUACGAACGUGGGUGGAAUGGCAGUGGCGUGCAACCUCUCAUUGAUUGGCUUGCAACUUCCACAGAAGCAUCCACUGGAAACGCGUUGAAUCCGGCAUUGGUCCCUCUAGUGGAGUCCCUUAUCGACGCAGCCGACGCUAGUGUAAUCGUCAGAGACGCCAAGGCGCUCCAUGAUCAAACCGUCGGCGUAACCCCUGGAGAGGUUCGGUUUGACUUGGACCGGGCCGUGACUGGCUGGGCAGAGCGUGCUCACUCUGAGCUCCGCAGUGCCCUCGAGGAAGGACUGGCCAGUCCACGCUGGCGCGGUCUUGCAUGGUGGAAACUCUUCUGGCGCGUCGACGAUGUCAGCAUGAUUACAUCUGAGAUCUUGGAAAAGAAAUUCCUUCGCCGGGCGGAACAGGAGGUCAUCUGGACCGUGGGCAAGUACCAGCAGGCCGGCCUGUUGGAAGAGCCUUCAUCUUCAAGUCCUGACUCCACCAAGGAUUCUGUCAUGCCUCCCUGGCCAACCCAGAUCCCCGACCUGCGUACCAAGCUCCUCACCAGCACUGUGCCAUCCCUUCAAGCCCUCGCCCAGAGUCUGGUGCUUUUCAGUGUGUCGACCACGACUCUGACUUCUGCUCUCUCCGCUCUGACGUAUGUGGCUAUUCCAUCGGCCGGGGUGUACGAGUCAUGUACCCUUGCCGCCGUGGGGUUGAUUUACUCUCUGCGUCGCCAGCAGAAGCGGUGGGAUGUCGCCCGUACUUUCUGGGAAGAGGAGGUCCGCGAGGAAGGACGUACAUCGCUGCUGGACACUGAAUCUGCUCUUCGUGGUAUUGUGCGGGAUGGUGGUAAGGCUGUCGAGGAUGUAUCUGAAUCCCGUGCACGAGAGUGCGUUGCGAGAGCCAGAAAGGCACUCGAGGAGGUGAAGGUGUAA